AAGACACUAGUCCCUUAUUCUUAAACCCUUUUAUAUACCCUCUUCCUUCUUCAUUCUUAUUACAUCUACUAUAUUUCUCUCUGCAAAUAUGGUGGUGAAGGUUUCAGUUUUGCUUCUUUUGUCAUUGUUCUUCACUGUCUCUGCCCUUCGCCCAGCUCCUCCUCUUGAAGGACUACUUCCAAAUGGUAAUUUUGAAGAGCAACCAAAUUCAAAAGAUCUUAAGAAAAAAACAGUGCUCCAAGGCAAAUAUGCUUUGCCCAAAUGGGAAAUCAAUGGCUUAGUGGAGUACAUCUCCGGCGGGCCACAGCCCGGUGGGAUGUACUUCCCAGUUGCCCACGGCGUCCACGCAGUGAGGCUUGGGAAUGAGGCUUCAAUUUCUCAGACAAUUCCAGUAAAGAAAGGCUCUCUAUAUGCACUCACAUUUGGGGCAUCAAGAACUUGUGCCCAAAAUGAGGCGUUGAGGGUGUCAGUGCCUCCUCAAACAGGAGAUCUUCCUUUGCAGACACUUUAUAGUAGCAAUGGCGGUGAUACUUAUGCUUGGGGUUUCUAUGCUACUUCUAAUGUAGUUAAAGUUACCUUUCAUAAUCCUGGAGUUCAAGAGGAUCCAGCUUGUGGACCACUCUUGGAUGCUGUUGCUAUCAAAGAACUUUUCCUGCCUCGCCCUACAAGAGUGAACUUGGUUAAAAAUCCUGGAUUUGAAGAAGGACCUCACCUAUUGAUGAACUCUUCACAUGGAGUCCUCCUCCCUCCCAAACAGGAAGAUUUGACAUCCCCGCUUCCAGGAUGGAUCAUUGAGUCCCUCAAAGCAGUGAAAUUCUUGGAUUCAGCUCAUUUCAAUGUCCCAUUUGGCCGAGCUGCAGUGGAACUUCUUGCAGGGAGAGAAAGUGCACUCGCCCAAAUCAUUAGGAGUGUCCCUAAGAAGGUCUACGCAUUCACAUUCACUGUUGGUGAUGCAAAGAAUGGUUGCCAUGGUGAUAUGAUGGUCGAAGCAUUCGCUGCUCAAGAAACGUUCAAAGUUCCCUUCAAAUCACAAGGAAAAGGAAACUUCAAAACUGUUAGUUUCAAGUUCACAGCUAUUGCAGACAGGACCAGAAUUACUUUCUACAGCUCUUUUUACCAUACAAAGCUCAAUGACUAUGGUGCUCUUUGUGGCCCUGUUGUUGAUGAAGUUAAGGUCACCCCUGUUGCUUAGGCUCUCUAAAUUAGUACUCCAAAGAAGCUUUUGUCAGAGAGUUUUUUGCAAUGGUCAUAUCAUACUCCAAUUAUCAAUAGGACCAUUUUGAGGUAAUUGCUGUAUUUUACUUAUGUGAUUGCUUGAUGCUGCUGUGAGAUUUUUGUACUAUUUGCUUUCAAGGAAGUGGGAACUAGUAGAACUUCCUCUCCAUUAUUAUGUGCACUUUGAUCUUGAUUCCUCAAUUUUUAAGUAGUAGUUGGAACAUACAAAGUUGUAUUACAUUUCAAAGAUUCAUGUAAUCUGAAGGAUGAAAUAUAAAUAGAUUACCAAUAUCAUUUCAUUGAUUA